AUGAGGUCCCUAAUGGCCUCUGCUUCUCUCACUCUUGCUUUAGCCAUAUUCUUUUUCAGUUUUCCAUCUGAAAUAUCAGCAAACUACGCCUAUUCCUCUCCUCCACCACCAAAGGAGUCAUACCACUACCCAUCUUCACCUCCACUAGUUCACUCACCACCUCCCCCAAAGGCUCCUUACCAUUACUCAUCACCACCACCACCUUAUAAGAAGCCCUACAAGUACUCAUCUCCACCACCACCAAUCCACUCACCACCUCCUCCAUACCAUUACUCAUCACCACCACCCCCACCUUACAAGAAGCCAUAUAAGUACAACUCUCCUCCACCACCAGUUCACAAGUACCCUCUCCCAGUGCACCACUCUCCACCGCCACCUUACAAGAAACCCUACAAGUACUCAUCUCCACCACCACCAGAGCACAAGUAUCCUCACCCCCACCCUCACCACCAUGACCACCACCACCACCAUGACGAUGACCAUGAUCAUGACCAUCACCGUGAUGAUCACCGUCACCACCACUCAUCUCCCCCACAUCCUUAUGUUUACCACUCUCCACCACCACCAUCACCACACAAGAAGCCUUAUGAGUAUAAGUCUCCUCCUCCGGUCCAUUCCCCACCCCCACCACAUUACCUCUAUAAAUCACCUCCUCCCCCUUAUCACCACUAG